AUGGAUGAGAGAUGGUGGAGCAAAGACCGCUUUGACUAUUUUGUGGCAGGUAUUGGAUACAUUGCUGCCAGAGAAAUAGCUCAUAUGGGAGGUCAUGUUAUUAUUGCUUGUAGAAAUAUGGGUAAAGCCGAUGCGACCAGUGGUGGUGCCAAAGGGGGGUAUGGGGGCAGAGGGUACAGCCUAGAAGAAGAUUAUAUAAAACUGUGUGCUGAGAACCAUAAUGUCCUGACAAAAGGAUCAAAAUCAACAAAAGAAGGAGAAAGUUUAUACUUAUCUGGACAUGUUACUGGAGUUGAAUACCAUCGAAUCAGUCCAAAUAUAUCUUACUAUUGUUGCUCGACAAAAGGCACAGACACAAGCACCAUAUAG